AUCGAUCACAGAUGUCAAAACGAACAAAAUAAAAUAAUUCGACAGACCGCCUCAUCCAGAGAAAAUUAAUAAAAAUUAAGAAACGCGGAUGGUCGGUGGUUAAAUAUUAAUUAGUUGAUAUUAAAUUAAACUUACGGGUUUUAGAACCAGUUUUCUGUGUUUAGUAGCAUUGUAGUUAUUACGAUGGGUGAUCCAAUCGAACUAACAACAUGGCCCAGCCAUAAAAAUGUAUUUUAUAGGAUGUCAGCUGGCGCAAUAUUAUUCGAUGUGAAGGCUGCUGGAAGCGCUGCCAUAGGUUUGGCCAAAAAACCAGGAGAUUUGGUUGAUGUUUGGGUUGUAAUAGGCAAUUUUCGUACAUGGAUUAAAAAAGAAGAGGGAGGUAGUAAAUCUGUUAUUACCCCUAACAUUCUGAGUAACGGUGAAUACAGAAGAUUUUGGCUCUCUUGGAGAAAUGGCUGCAUACAACUUGGCCAAAAUGAUGACAGUUUUCCAAUUAUAACCCAUGUUCACCAUCUAGAUUUAAGUUAUGUUACAUUCGCAUCUGGAGAAAGAGGGAUGGCAGAUAGAACACCAGUCUACUGGCGAUUUGAACUGCCACCUGUUCUGGAAAAGCCAAGAAUGAAGUCAGUCACUGGUGGAGGUCUAGUGUGGGUGCAUGCUGAUAACCAAUUACCAGAUGGAGCACUUAUCGGAGGAUAUGAAAAGGAGAUGCUUUACAUAAUUAGAGCACCACACCGAGGUUCUUUGACACCAGGGAAGUUUGUCCCUUCACAAGGCACAGGAUACAUUUCAUGGGGUGGGGAAUCACAUGGCAAAAAUAUAUUUGAGGUCUUGUGUGGAUUUGACUGCACUUGGGUACCAUCUUUUGAAGAUAGGAUUCCAGUGGGAGCUGUUGAAGGUGGUUAUUCCGAAGGCCCUGACAGAGAAACGCUAUAUGUUGGAAGGGCCCUAUACAGUGGUCAAAUCAUUCCAGGAAAGGUUCAACCUUCUCACAAAUGCUGCUAUAUCGCAUAUGGAGGCCGAGAGGUAGCUCAGAAAAAGUUCGAAAUAUUAGUGUCUGCAGAUAUCAAUGCAAGAUGUGCCAAUAGGUUAUUUAUUGAUCAUAUAGAUGUUGAAAGUCCAUCAGGAUCUGAACAUAGUAGUGAUGAUGAAUAUUUAGCUAAUUAUCGAUAAUCUUACAUAAGGUUUUAUAAUGUUAAAAGAACCUUAUUUCUUUGAAAUAUACCCUGCAUUCUUUAUUACCUACUUAAAAUUGAAUAAAUAGUCGUCACAUCCUAGUCGGAAACUAAGAAGAGAUUGUGGUUGAAACCAUAUCUUGUGCAUAUUAUUAUUUAUUUUUCUACUUAUCUAAUGUCGCGCAGCCAGAGUUGAAGCGAUCAACCCAAGCAAAGAUUCGUAGUCUUUCUGAGGGCUUAGUGUGAGUUUAUUAAAUCAAAUGUUGUCACUAGUGAGCGCGUAAAAAAAUUACAUUAAAUGUAUGACGGACUGCACAGCGCCCCUAACAGAAACUUUCAAGAACUAAAAUUU